CAAAAAUUUCGUAAUUUUUGUUUUCAAUUAGCGGAUCUUGAUUCAUGAACGUGAUAAUUAAGUUUCUGCGAAUAAAUAUUCAGUUGUUCACUUUGCAUCUGAACCUAUGCUUCUGUCACUUUACAAGGGUUUUUUUGGUAUUACUGGCCAAUAAAGACAAACCCCCAAUUUCUUAUCCCUUGCUUUCUCUGCUCUCUGUCCGUGAACCCAUUUCACUGCAAGUGAUUCAUUUGCACUCAAUCUUCUUUUCUUACCAUCCUCUCGGUUCCUUUCUUCACCUAACCUUUGUUAUUUUCUUUUAUAUUAAACAUUCCUUCUCCCACAAACGCCUUGAUGUUACAGUGGUUUAACGCUGUUGUGUCGGAUUGAAAAACACGACCCCGAUGUUCCAUUUUCCGUCAUAAUUUAAUAUUUGUAGUAAAUGCUUCUCUAUGCGGUUGAUUGGGGCUUGUUUCCGUGCGAUUGAGGUGAUCCUACCUGUCCAUGGGAAUCCGAACUUUCGUAUUUGAAAAUUGGGGGUCUGUGAGAAUGUUUGAAAGCUUGGAAUGGGUCUUUGAAAGCUUUGGAUUUGCACCUUUCGUCCUAUCACAUUGUUCAUUUGAUAUUAUUUAAGGAGAUAAGUUUUUUUGGGUUCAAUACUUGCGGAUGUAAGUGCUGCUGAGAGCACUUUUCACAUUUUAAAAGAAGAUUUUCAGUCAGAUCGUUAUUGGCCUGAUGGAUCAGGCAAGAAAGCCAGAAAGCGACGAGUUAUCGGAUCUCGUUGAUGAAGGGACGGGAAAGAAAACUAGUCAUUCGGUUGAAGGGUCCGCUGAUGCAGUAGCUGGGGGCAGCUUGAGUGGAGCUAUCAAAAGUGGAGAUGUGACUUCAGAAGGCAUGGGUAAUGAUAAGGAACUAAAGGAGGCGCCUGCAGAAGCUAUGGAUCAGGGCAUGCGUGAUCAGCAAAAUAACAGCGACACAUUCCACGCCGUUGAUCAAGGAACAAGUUAUAAUUCAAGGAAUUUCCUUAAUAGCCCUGUUCUUGAGACCGUGGUUGUAAUAGAUUCUGCUGAGACCGAGUUUGUGAAUGGAGACAAUAGGAAGUCGGAGGCAAAGAUCAAUGAAUCGGGGCAGAUCAAGGCAUCCAUGAAAUCACCAAAAAGGCCGUCUGAAGCGGAUAAAAAUUCAUGUGUGAUCAAUAUAAAGUCUGGUAGCUGCGGAGAGUUUAGCGAGAAUGUGGAGGGUGAAAGAAUUUGUAGGAUUUGCCAUCUGUCUUCCGGGCAGCCAUCAGAUUCAACAGCUGCUAGCCCUACAAACAGCACCCCUACUGGAGAUUUAAUUCAGCUUGGCUGUGCGUGUAAAGAUGAGCUGGGUAUUGCGCACAGUCAUUGUGCUGAGGCAUGGUUCAAGCUAAAAGGAAACAGCCUACAUUUACUUUCAACUGUUCUACAAAUUUAUUGGAUGGGCAGUUGGAGGGUUCCACAAUAAGUUAUAAGGCUCUUUCAACAACAGGCUUCCUUGGAUGGUGUGUGUUCAGUGGUGCAGCUCUGAUAGUGGUGUCAACUGGUUGAUCCUGUGGCCAGAAGUGUGAUUUUCAGUGCUCACAGAUGUUGUUUCUGGCAAGAUUGGUGACUUCCAGUGACGGAGGCAUGCGUGACUGGAACAAGUGGAACCAAGCUGUAAUGCCAAAAUGACAGAAGAAUAGGUGAAAAGGGGGGACAAGAAGGAGGAAGGGAAAGCGAGAGAGAGAUGGGGUAGAAUAGGGAAAGAAAACUGACAAAAUAAACUUAUCUACAAGAGGCCUGAAAUUUACGCUACUGCUGAGCUUUUCUCUUUUUGUUUAUUUGGGGGGAUGGGGGUGGGGGAGGGUUGCAGGAUGUUAAGAAAAGAAAAGAAAAUAUAUUAGAAGUAUAUAAACUAAUAGAAGUUAGAUAAAGACCAAAACAAAAUAUCUCUAGCUCAGUUUCCUGCACCUAGAACAGCUUUUCCUCAAUGUCCCAUAAUAUUGUCCUCCUAUUCUUCAUUACCAAGGGUCAUGGACAAUUAACUAUACUCCCUUUGUUCACAAAUGUAAGUAAUUUUUUGAAGGAUUGGAUGUUAAAAAAUGUUAGGCAUUUUUAGCAUUUCAAAGUAUCAUUAUUGCCUUUUUUUCAAAAGUACCCCUACUAAAUAAAUCAUUUUAUAUUUAUUUUAGGGUGAAACAUCAUAUUAAAUAGGUGUAAAUAUGAAAAGAUAUGGUUAGUUUGAAGAUAAUAACUACUUUAGUGAGGGGUGAAUUUCGUUUAAAAAUAUUUUACAUUUUUGAACGGAAGGAGUAUACUUCAAUUGCCCAAUUAGAUGAUAGGCGUAUAUUUCCUUUUACUAAAACAGUUAAAAGGCAGUGUGAAAUCACCAAAGGAAAAGACAGAUGACUAUGAGAAAUGAUUGCAAGUUUGAUCUCUUUUCAACUGUGAUAUAUUGAAUGUUACGGUUGUGAUAAGGCUGCUGUUUUUGUGAUAUAUUGAAAGUCAGUUUGGGUUAGGUCUGAAUUUGGCACAUUUCACUAUCAAAAUUCUGUGUUUCUUGUUGCUCACGAAUCUCUCGUCUAGUACUAAUUUAAAUUCCACCAGAGCAAAGUCUUAAAUGAUAUAUUUUAGUUAGUUUCCAGCUUUAUGCAUAGUAUGUUUUGCCAUAUAUCCUAGGACAUCCUAACCUUUAGUUGAAUGGAUGUUUUGAGAAGUUCUUUGGGUUAGCUCUCAGUCUAGUGCUUCGUCAGUGUCCUGUUAACUGUUUUCUGAUUUGUUUCAUUUUCUUAUGUAAAGACAGUUGAGACAGGUUUUUCAUGGAUAACAUUUCCACAAUCUGUACAUCUUAUGCUUUCCUUUUUUUAAAAAAAUUAGUUAUUGUUAUGUGCUUAAAGAGGAAUCGAGCAUUUUAUUUGUACAAUUUAAUGAGCUGAUCAGUUAAUGUGGCACUCAAUAUUUGCUAGAUCCUAUGCAUGCUGCUUAGAUUUUAUUCUUCUUUGUAAUUUGCAAGUCUGGCCUAAUUCCCACGUCAUUUGCGGAGCAGUUAUUAGGUUUAUUGAAACUGAGAACCCCCCCGCCCACUCUCUCUGUUAGUGACUUAAUUAUUUGUCUUGCUGGCCAGGAAAAAUGAUUCAUCUUACUCAUACAAGUCUGUUAUAAAUGAAUAACUGAACUACCUUUCAUAAUCACAGAUUGUGUGAAAUAUGUGGUGAAACUGCCAAAAAUGUUUCGGGUGUUGCUGAUCAUGGGUUUAUGGAAGAGUGGAAUGAGAGAACAUUCAUUGACAACCGGAGCACCUCCUCAUCUGGCAUGUGCUGCGGAUGCUGGCGUGGAC